AAGAUCAACAUCAAGAUCAAAACAUACCCGAGUCUUUAGAUCGCAAGAAUGGAAGGGGCUGUAGUGUUGUUGGAUUUCUGGCCUAGCAUGUUUGGGAUGAGAACGAGGAUUGCUUUGGCUGAGAAAGGGAUAAAAUACGAGUACAAGGAAGAAGACCUGAGGAACAAGAGUGAGCUGCUCCUGCAGAUGAACCCUGUUCACAAGAAAAUCCCCGUUCUCAUCCAUAAUGGUAAACCAGUUUGCGAAUCACUCAUUCAGGUUCAGUACAUCGACGAGGUCUGGAAUGAUAGAGCUCCUCUGCUGCCUUCUGAUCCUUACAAAAGGGCUAUUGCUAGAUUCUGGGCUGAUUUUAUUGACAAGAAGAUAUAUGACCAGGGGAGCAAGGUAUGGAAGACAAAGGGAGAAGAACAAGAAACGGCAAAGAAAGAAUUUAUUGAGAGCCUGAAGUUGUUGGAAGGGGAGCUUGGGGACAAGGCUUAUUUUGGAGGAGAAAAUCUUGGAUUUGUGGAUGUUGCUUUGGUUCCAUUUUAUAGCUGGUUUUAUGCGUACGAGAAGUGUGGAAACUUCAGCAUUGAAGCAGAGUGCCCCAAGCUCAUAGCAUGGGCUAUGAGGUGCAUGCAAAAGGAGAGUGUGGCCAAGUCCCUUCCUGACAGAGAAAAAAUCUAUGAAUUUAUCCUGCAUAUGAAGAAAAUCUUUGGAAUCGAGUAAUUUCAUUCCUGGGAUUUGACAUUCGGGCCUUUUGCUUGUUAUAGUUUUAAAUAAACGGGCAUUUAGUUAAGCCA